CCGCCCAUGGCUUCCAUUUCUGUUCUGGAUCACACGGCGCAAAGAGAAUAAUACACAUUUCGUUUUUUUUACUCUCUGUCUGAAUAAUAUUGAAGUGAUUGACAAUUACAGCGGAAAUAGGUAUUUUCUAGUUACGUCACAAAAGAGAGUUUAGUUAGUCGCGGAGAGAGUUUUGGAAGAGGUUUGAGGAUAUAUGUAUAUUUUUUUCUUUGUAAAGGAAGACGGGCCUCUUUAUUCCUCUUUUUAACUUUAGCGGCGUAUUUUCCGCCGUUUCCCCCCCUACACACACGCACGCGCGCGCACACACACACCUUCUGCCCCUCGCGCUCACCAAGUGGCGUGAGAGUAGAAAGAAGCACGAGGCGCGCGCGCGGAGCGGCGGGAAUCGGGCCGAUGGCGGAGUUCGGUAACGGACUAGCGGAGGAAUCUCUGCUCGACUCAGACCCUGGUCAUCCUGAGCUGGAAGAUCCGGGUGUCGGGGACGAAGAACCGGGUUUAGACGAGGGAGAGGCGGCGAUCGAAGACCCGGAGCUGGAGGCCAUUAAAGCCCGGGUGAGAGAGAUGGAGGAGGAAGCAGAGAAACUGAAGGAGCUCCAGAACGAAGUGGAGAAACAGAUGAACCUUAGUCCUCCUCCCGCUGGUCCUGUCAUCAUGUCCAUUGAAGAGAAGAUAGAAGCAGAUGGAAGAUCAAUUUAUGUUGGAAAUGUGGAUUACGGAGCAACAGCAGAGGAGCUCGAAGCUCAUUUUCAUGGCUGUGGCUCUGUUAAUAGAGUCACUAUCUUGUGUGACAAAUUCACAGGACACCCGAAAGGGUUUGCAUAUAUCGAAUUUGCAGACAAGGAAUCGGUAAGAACAGCAAUGGCACUGGAUGAGUCCUUAUUCCGAGGAAGGCAGAUAAAGGUCGGAGCAAAGAGAACGAAUCGACCCGGCAUCAGCACCACAGACCGCGGGUUUCCUCGGGCCCGGUUCCGCUCACGUGGAGGAAGUUUCUCGUCUCGGGCUCGGUAUUACAGCGGAUACACACCACCCAGAGGAAGAGGACGGGCCUUCAGGUUUCAGGACCAGUGGAGGCUGAGUACUCCUCCUCCCCCUGUGGCUGCAGCGCCCCCUACAGUCUCACCAUCGUCUCUUUCUCUCUCUGCUCCCUCUAUCCCUCUAUCCACACUCAUGUGGGGGGGCGGGGGUGGGGCACAGGGUGACCCUCGGCCCAUUUACUACAACAACAAACGUUAAAAACGCGCACUCACAUGCACUAACAUACACACACACACACACACACCACAUAUACACACUCACCACCACCACCACAACAUAUUUAUAUAGCGAGAGCGAAGCAGGUGGUUAUAAUGGGAGAGAACGAGACGGUGAGGACAAGAACAGGUUAAAGGUUAAAAGGGAGGGAUUCAUUUUUAGGGCCCUCAUGGAACGAUUCUGGGAAUUUAAGGCUAUUUAAGAAAGAAAGGAGCAAAGCUUUUAUUUGUUGGGAGGGCGGGAGUUGUGUGUUUGGGUUUUCCUUUUGGGGUUUUUUUGUUUUGUUUGUUUUGAGACAGGGAAAGGGGUUUGGGGGGGAAAGUUUGGCUUUUUUAUUUUUUAACCCAUGAGUCUGUAAUUAGAAAAA